CAGUUCAAGGGAAAGAAGAGAUCUUGCACAAGGCACCCUGCGUCUGUCCUCCACAAGAGAAGGGUGACAUGGAGCCUCUUGGGCUGCUCAUCUUGCUCUUUGUCACAGAGCUGUCCCGAGCCCACAACACCACGGUGUUCCAGGGCACGGCAGGCCGGUCCCUGAGGGUCUCCUGCCCCUACAACUUCUUGAAGCACUGGGGGAGACGCAAAGCCUGGUGCCGCCAGCUGGGUGAAGAGGGCCUGUGCCAGCAGGUGGUCAGCACUCACCCCUCGUGGCUGCUGUCCUUCCUGAAGAGGCGCAAUGGGAGCACAGCCAUCAUGGACGAUGCCCUGGGCGGCACACUCACCAUUACGCUGCGGAAUCUUCAAGCCCACGACGCUGGCCUCUAUCAGUGCCAGAGUCUCCAUGGUAGCGAGGCCGACACCCUCAGGAAGGUCCUGGUGGAGGUGCUGGCUGACCCCCUUGAUUACCAGGACCCUGGAGAUCUCUGGAUCCCUGAGGAGUCCAAGAGCUUUGAGGAUGCCCACGUGGAGCACAGCAUCUCCAGGAACCUUUCUGAAGAGGAGAGCCCCUUCCCACCCAUUUCCAUCCUUCUCCUCCUGGCCUGCAUCUUUCUCAGCAAGCUUCUAGCAGCCAGCGCUCUCUGGGCUGCAGCCUGGCAUGGGCAGAAACGGAGGACACCCCAUGCCAGUGGGCUGGACUGUGGCCAUGACCCAGGUUAUCAGCUCCAAACCUUGACAGAGCUGAGAGACACGUGAGAGGAGGACCCACGGUGGAGGAGAGGCCUGGGAGAGGUCUGCACGGACGACCCCCGCCUGCUGCACACCCGCCCCUUGGCCACCAAGUCUCCUGGUUCUGCUUUUGCAAAAGGCCACUCUGCCUGUACCCGGCUUCUCCUGGCUCCUGGAAGCAGGGAUUUG